AGAGCACGUAAUGUUCGUGCGACGUGUCGAUGUCAUGGCAGCCGAGUCUGAGAGAGAACUGCAUCCACUGGUGGCACAAGUGGAAAACGUUGUCAUUAAGAGGCACGCGGUAGCCUUGUCAAGCUGAUGCGCUUUACUGCCUAAUGCCGUUGAAAGAACCUGCUCUCGGCUUUAGCUUUUGUUGCUUGUACUUGCUUGCUUAUUGCACAAAUAAGUAUGUCCUGUCUGUCUUGAAAUUCACGUACCCCACCCUGUUUCAGGGGUGGCAGACAUUUGUUGGUGGAUGGCUGCUAGUAUUUUGUGGGAGACUAGGUUGGGUGGAGAUCACCCACUUUUCCAGGUCUACAGCAGUUUCCUGGCUACCAGGUUCUCUGCUUUUUGUAGUUAAUAUCUAUGCUGGAUCUAGAUCAUUAUCUAAACUGCCAAUUCCCAUAUUUUUUGUACUUCAGAAUGCAUCUGAAAUUGUUUCCUAUUUAUUCCAGAGAAUAACUAAAAAAGAGCGUGCGUCUUGGCUAAAACUACAAAGUUUACUACUACUAUUGGUUGCAGCUGGCUGCUUACCAUUCUGUGACCCACAGUUUGAUCCAGAUGGGUAUUUGUGGUCUUCCGUCCAUGUUUCUUCAGUAGGUGCAUACAGAGUGUUUCAGCAGCUACAGAAGUCUUCAUCCUUAAGUGACCUUGAGCAACAGUAUAUAAAUUAUUUUUUCAGUAUGAUUUUGUUAGCGUUUGCUGCGCAUCCAACAGGCGAUUUAUUUGGUGCCUUAGAGUUCCCAUUUCUGAACUCCUACAAUUUUCUUAGUGGCUGCUGUGCCAGUGGAGUCCUUGGGUUCUUCCUAGUGGUAGCCACAGUAAGACUGAAGAGGAAUGUGCCAGGGGAACACUGUGGUGCUUGGAUUUGCUUAGCAAAGGUUCUAUCAAUACUCCUGACACCAUUGAUAUUUGAUUUUACGGUGAACAUAUCAACACUGCUUUGCUUGUUGUUCAGCUGCCUUGGGGAAGCCUUGCUUGUAUUUUCUGACCAAAUCACGGCUGAGAAAUGAAGAUGACAUGGUGAAGGGGGAGUCCUAGCAGAAAUUACCAAAGUUGUGAAUUAACGGUUUCCUAAGCUGUGAUUUUUCUCAGGCAUUCUUUAAAAGUAACUAACAGGAACAAAACAAAAGAGCGCACUUGGAGUCGCUUUGGGGCAUCCAUUGUACUAAUAACAGGGUGGGUAGAGGUGCUAAUAAUAGUGUAUCCAAAGUGUCUGCACAUGGGACACCGGGCACUUCGUCUGUAGGCCGACUCGAGUCUGCACAGGAAGCUGACUGUGUGUCCCUGAUCUUUGUUAAAAGUGGUCGACAGAGAAUGAGGAGUAUCUGGGUGAUGAGAGGGGGUGUGGGUGGCGACUGGCAGCAGCACAACACCAAGUACGGUAUGCUGUGACCUCGGACUAAAAACAAGCGUCUCUCACUGGUGCACCCAAAAGGAAAGCCAAUUUGUGCCGUUCUCACGCUGCUCUGAUUGCGCCUUAUGAGCUCGGACACAAUGGUCGCACUUCCUGCAGGAGAAGAGAAACAAUGAAAAGGGAAUCGUGUGGCGGCUAGCAGUCAGUGAAGGGGCUCUGCUUGAAUAGUUUAACUGUAGGCCUCCCAUUUGGGUUUAUGUCUUGAAUCUUACCUGCCAAGGGAAUUUUUUUUUUUUUUAGAAAUUCUGAGCCUUAAAUAAACAGCAGACUACACUUACGUGAAUUGGAGUCCUGGUGCCCUUCCCAAAGCUCGAAUGACGAGUCCAUUCACUAGACGAGAGGUGCUGCUGAACAAAUCUACCUGAGCGCUCACACCGGCCUUCAUCGAGCACUGAACACAUCCCUCCAUGCCCCCCGUACGAUCUCACUUCAUGGCAGUGUGUGGUUUGACCAAAAGUGCUGCAUGCUUGUCUGCUACUUUCUUGUAUCAGUUAAGCUCACUUCAUGACUUUUCUUUCUUUUGGGAGAAGUAAACUUGAACAUGAUGUCAUUCUUUUUACAAAACAAAUUCUAUUUUGAUUUUUUUAAUUGUUUAUGAACAGCAAAAUAAAUUGACUAUAAAGUUU